AAUAAAGUUCUUAUCUGUGGGGAUGUUAAAGGGAAGGUGAAAGCAUUGUUUUCAAGAGUUCUAAAAAUUAUGGCUACAGCUGGACAAUUUGAUAUGAUGUUUUGUUUGGGAGACUUUUUCGGAAAUAAUAUUGAAGAAGUAGAAGGGCUGAUUGAUGGAAACAUUGCGGUGCCCCUUCCAACAUACAUUGUGUCUCCACUUACAGAAUCUGCCCGCAAAUUUUGUGAUCAAGAAUCUGGUUGUAAACUUUGCAGCAACCUCACAUAUUUAGGUUCUAAGGGUACGUACACUACGAUGACUGGUCUACGUGUGGUGUACAUGGCCGAGCGAGAGGUCAAUUCUGAUAGUUCCAGCCUACCACCCAGUUUACUCAGCGAAGCUCUUGCAGCAGAAGACUAUGGAUUUCUGGGUGUUGAUCUUCUGCUCACCUGUCAGUGGCCAAAACACAUAGAUAACUGCAUAAUUGGUCAGUUCCCCGAUACUUGUCAACCUUGCCUUGACGCUGCCUCUAUGUCGAUUUCUCGACUUGCUUUCCUUACUCGUCCACGGUACCACUUUUCGUGUGGCAAUGGUGUAUACUACGAAAGGUCACCAUACAGAAAUCAUCGUGUAUUACAAGAGAAAGCGUGUCAUACUACACGUUUUAUAGCUUUGGCUGAUGUGAAAAAUCCUCUUAACCAAAAGGAGGUUCAAACAGACCAAUACUUUUAUAACUUAGAUGCUAAGAAAGAACCAUACAUUCCUAGAAAGAAAGGCUUUUCACAAAAGCGUAGAAUGAACAGUAGUGUUUCAGACGAAACAGCUCUUAUCAAACGUUUUUCGAAUGAUGGAGAAGAUACUAGUCAAGAAGGUUUUCAAGAAAAAAUUGACAAGAACAAAAUUCAUGAUGAUUGUUGGUUUUGUUUAGGCAAUCCAGAGGUUAAAAAGCAUUUACUUGUUAGUAUUGGUACACAAGUGUAUGUUGCAUUGCCUCGUGGACCUAUUGUACCUGAUCAUGUUUUAAUUUUAACUAUUGGUCAUUAUCAAAGUUGGAUAACCUGUCCUGAUUAUGUUCGUGAAGAAAUUCAAGCGUAUAAAUCGCGGUUAAAACGCAUGUAUGAUGCACAAAAUAAAACAAUGGUUGUAUUCGAGAGGAAUUUAAAAACACAACAUUAUCAACUUCAAGUUGUUCCUGUACCGUAUUCAGUAGCAGCUCAUGUGAAGCCAUCAUUUCUUGAUAUGUCAGUCAGUUUUGAAGGUAGUCCAUGUGAAUUGAAGCAGAUUCCUCGUCGAACAGAUAUAGAUCAGAUUUGUCGAGUAGGCAUUCCUUACUUUUUUGUUGAAUUACCUACUGGAGAGAAGCUAUUUGGUCGGAUACCAAAAGAUCGUAUAUCUAGUACAAAUCUACAAUUUGGUCGUAUUGUUCUAACCAAUCCGAAUAUCCUGAAUUGUCCAGAGAAAGCAGAUUGGCAUGAUUGUACAGAAGAGGAAGAAGUGGAAGCUGAUUUGGCGAAACAAUUUCGUAAAAUGUUUUCCAAAUACGAAGCGAUGUAA